AGCGGAACCGGGAACUGGGGGACUGGCGUGGGCAGCCCGCGGGGGCCCACAUGAGCGGGAAGUGGCACCGACGACUUCGCGUGGGCUGCAGGCCGAAACAGGUCCUUUAAGGUUGGAAGCAAUCGUAAGUGCCCCGCCUCCUGGUUGGUGACGACAUCAGAAGGCGUCGUGAGGCGUCAGAGAUGCUGGACUCGUUGUUGGCCAUCGGUGGUUUGGUGCUUCUACGAGAUUCCGUGGAGUGGGAGGGGCGUAGUCUCCUGAAGGCUCUUAUCAAGAAAUCUGCACUUCGUGGGGAGCAAGUCCACGUUCUGGGCUGUGAAGUGAGUGAGGAAGAGUUUCGCGAAGGUUUCGGCUCUGAUGUCAACACCCGCCUGGUUUACCAUGACCUCUUCAGAGACCCUCUUAACUGGUCUAACCCUGGGGAAGCUGACCCCGAAGGACCUCUAAAAGCCUUGAGAUCCAUGUGCAAAAGGACAGACCGUGGUUCAGUCACCAUUGCCCUUGACUCUCUCAGCUGGCUGCUGUGUCACAUUCCCUGUGUUACACUCUGUCAAGCCCUACAUGCUCUGAGCCAGCGAAAUGUAGACCCAGGUGAUAGCUCCCUAGUAGAGCAGGUUCGCGUCCUGGGCCUCCUACAUGAAGAGCUUCAUGGUCCAGGCUCCAUGGGAGCCUUCAAUGCCCUUGCUCACACAGAGGUGACUCUGAGUGGUAAAGUGGACCAGACUUCAGCCUCCAUCCUCUGUCGAAGGCCCCAACAGCGUGCAACUUACCAGACUUGGUGGUUCUCCAUUCUUCCUGACUUCAGCCUGACUCUCCAUGAAGGGCUUCCCCUCCAUUCUGAGCUACACCCAGAUCGUCACACAAGCCAGGUGGAUCCCACGACUCAUUUGACCUUUAACCUUCACUUAUCCAAGAAAGAAAGAGAAGCCAGAGACAGCCUCACUCUGCCUUUCCAGUUCAGCUCUGAAAAACAGCAAGCUCUGCUGCACCCGGUGCCAGGCCAGACCACUGGCCGCAUCUUCUAUGAGCCAGAUGCUUUUGAUGAUGUGGACCAAGAAGAUCCAGAUGACGACCUAGAUAUUUGACUGACAAAUGAGAGAGAAGGGCUGUGGGCCCAGAACCAUCCUUCUAUUAGCAGAUUCUACCUUGUCCCUAGCCUGCCUUUGUUGCUCUGUCUGUAGAAGCUGUGUCAAUGUGAGCCAAGGAGCAGCGUCAAGCUGGGGCAGAAAAUGUGAUGAGGGUGUAGAGUAUGCCCAGAAAGUAAGAAAUCCCCUCUUCCCGUGCCCAUUUCUAAUAAAAUAUAUGUGUGUAUGUACAUUA